UACGUAAUUUCCCGGAAGUAAUAACUAUUUCAACGCGGAAGUGUAGGAAAGAAAACAAAUAAUCGUUCACAUUUGUGUCGAAUUGAAGUGGGAGAGGACGCCCUAAACACCGCUUACCGUCUGGAUUACUGCCUUCUCACGUCGAGCCUGCUACACGAUGGAUUUCCUGUUUGGGAGAAGGAAGACUCCGGAGGAGAUGCUGAAGCAGAAUCAGAGGGCGCUCAACCGAGCCAUGAGAGAACUGGACAGAGAGCGAAUGAAGCUGGAGCAACAGGAGAAGAAGAUCAUUGCUGACAUAAAGAAAAUGGCCAAACAGGGACAAAUGGACGCCGUCAAGAUCAUGGCAAAGGAUUUGGUCCGCACACGCCGCUACGUUAAGAAGUUCAUCAUGAUGAAAGCCAACAUUCAGGCCGUCAGUCUUAAGAUACAAACGCUCAAGUCCAACAACAGCAUGGCACAGGCUAUGAAAGGAGUCACCAAAGCCAUGGCCACCAUGAACAGACAGCUGAAACUGCCUCAGAUUCAGAAGAUCAUGAUGGAAUUUGAACGACAGAGUGAAAUCAUGGACAUGAAAGAGGAGAUGAUGAAUGAUGCCAUUGAUGAUGCUAUGGGUGAUGAAGAUGACGAGGAGGAGAGUGACGCCAUUGUGUCCCAAGUGCUUGACGAACUGGGUCUCAACCUGUCUGACGAACUGUCAAAUCUUCCGACCACUGGAGGAAGCUUGUCGGUGGCUGGAGGAAAGAAGGCGGAGCCCCAGGCCGCCCUGGCUGACGCAGACGCUGACCUGGAGGAGCGGUUGAACAACCUCAGGAGAGACUGAACACGCAGUAACUGUCAGACAAGCGCACUGUGGCUGAGAUUGUUAAUGCAGAUACAAAUAUACUCGAAUCUCUGUUUAGAUCUUUUUGAAGGUAUUACUGGCAGAACACAGGCUGUUUCAGCACACAGCCUGUGUUACAAAAGGUGUGAGGCUUUCUGUUUGAGGUGUUUUCAUUUUAUGGGUGUAUUGUGUAUUUAAUCAAAAAACAGUUGACAAGGAUUAUUGUGCUUUGAAGGUCCACCAAAUUCUUGUCUCAUUUAAGACAUUGCCAAAUCACACAAAUUCUCUUUAAGUGAAUCUAUUUCACAGUCCAUGUAUAUACUAACUCCUCAAGGCAUGUUUUCACAGUUUAAAUUAACACUAAAAACAAAAUAUUUAAAAGAACCCAGACAAAAGUGGGUAACAUGACAGAAGUGGAUAUUUUAGGGUGACAGAUUUCAGCACUUUUUGUACAUCUGGCUUGCUUGGCGUCCUUUGUAUCCACAUCAUCAUCAUAUAAAAUCAGUUUUAGCCCUCCUGUAAGCAUUUUGAUUUGUGAUUAUUUGUGGGAGUUGACUGUUGUCAUUCUCUCUACAUUCACUAAUAGGACGGUUUCUUUUACAAAAACGUAUAAAGGAUGAAAGACAAAGAAAGGAAGGUGUGUUGAGCUAACUCUUCACGGGUGGAAAAGCACUUCUGUGCUACUCUUGGUAACCGUUUGUCAGUGAUGUUUAUGAGAUCAGCAGGCUUUUCACCAAAAUGUUAACGAGUCAGGAGGUGUUUACUUUUGAGAAUCUGUCCUGUUUUGCUUUUCUUUAUUCAAUAAACAUUUUUUUCCAGAUUUAA